GUAAUUGGUGCCAUGCCAGCCACUUCUCCCCCUCUGCUCCCCCUUGCCACCUGGUGGUGGUGUAUGGUACUGUUGCUGCCCCCACAGCCCCAGGCCCUGACCCAGCUCCAGCCUAACCCAGAGAAGGCCUCUCCCGCUGGGCAGGCCUUCCCUCACCUCUCCCUGGAUGGAUCUCCCCUCAGCCACCUCCUUCUGGACUCCAGGUCUGGUCAACUGUACGUGGGGGCAGUCAACCAUCUCUACCAUCUCUCCCCUGACCUCCAGGUGCUCUCCUCCAGUCCGACUGGCCCCAAACUGGACAGUGCCGAGUGCUUACCCCCCAUCGUCCCCAAGGACUGCAGUACCGCACGCCUGACCCCCAACACUAAUAAGAUCCUUCUGCUAGAGGAGGGUCUGGCCUCAGCAGGGUCAGAGGUCGGGGCGAGGAGCCUGAUCGUGUGUGGAACCCUGUUCCAGGGUAUCUGUGAGAAGAGGAGUCUGGGUAAUGUGUCCGAGGUGCUGUACCAGACCUCUAAUCCGGUGGACACGCAGUACGUAGCCGCCAACGCCCCCCGCGUCUCCACCGUGGGUGUGGUCUUGAACCAAAAGGGUGUGGGGCUUAUGCUGGUGGGGCGUGGCUACACCAGUAAAGGCCCCAGCGACAUCCCACCAAUCACAACUCGCCGUUUGUCCCCCAGCUCCUCCCCCGCCCACCAGGCCUUCUCCCAAGACGAGGAAUUAGGGAAGCUGGUUGUCGGGAGCUACUCCGAGUACAACAACAACUUCAUCUCCGCGCAUCAUCAUGGCGACCACGUUUACUUCCUGUUCUCCAGGAGGGAUAUGUGGCACAGGAAGGAGUACCGGACUUACGUUUCACGUCUCUGCGCCGGGGACCGGAGCUUCUACUCCUACGUGGAGGUUCCGUUAGAAUGUUCCGGGGGGUAUAACCUCGCCCAGGGGGCUACCCUCGCCAAACACCAGGGGCGCCCGGCGCUGUUCGUUGCCAUGGCGGCGGGGCAGGCGUCGACGCCCACGGCGACCGGUCGCUCGGCGCUGUGUGUUUACGAGAUGUCAGAGCUGGAUGCGGCGCUGCAGAGGGCCCAGGAGCUGUGUUAUACAGAGGGAGGAAGAGGAAGUACGGGACAUGAGGAGGCAUACAUAGAGUAUGAGGUGUCGUCCAAGUGUCUACGCCUGCCCAAG